GGGAGGGAUGUAGCCUAUAACACAAGUACACAUGGAAGAACCGAAAGCACAUCGACUGGAAUUUACCGGAUUUCGGAUGAACAGAAACAGUUUAAUUGAUUAAUUCCAGCUUACGGAUUUGUUUGAAGUUGUUGUUGGUGUUUUUUCGGUUGUUGCUUGGACGUGUUUUUGCGGCGGAUUUUCCUGUAACAGAACUGUUCCAGUCUGGUGAUCAAGGGAAUUGUGAAUAGUGAAACUCCGCCAUAUUCAGCUGUUUACCACGCCCAGAGGGAGAGGGAGAGGGAGUGAGUGAGUAAACAUGACUUUGGACUCUAUAAUGGCGUGUUGCCUCAGCGAAGAGGCGAAAGAAGCGAGGAGGAUCAACGACGAGAUAGACAGGCAGCUCCGCCGGGACAAGAAGGACUCACGCCGCGAGCUCAAGCUCCUGCUGCUUGGGACGGGCGAGAGCGGCAAGAGCACCUUCAUCAAGCAGAUGAGGAUCAUUCACGGUUCGGGCUACUCCGAGGACGACAGGAAAAGUUUCACCAAGCUUGUCUACCAGAACAUAUUCACGUCCGUUCAAGCCAUGAUCCGAGCCAUGGACACCCUCCAGAUUCCCUACAAAUAUGAACAGAACAAGGCCAAUGCAAAUACUGUUCGCGAAGUGGACGUAGAGAAAGUGACAUCGCUUAUAAACCCGUACGUAGAUGCCAUUAAGAGUUUAUGGAAGGACUCGGGAAUCCAGGAGUGCUACGAUCGAAGGAGAGAAUACCAGCUCUCUGAUUCCACCAAAUACUACCUGAAUUCGCUGGAUCGGAUUGCUGGCUCGUCCUACGUGCCCACGCAGCAGGAUGUGCUGAGGGUCAGAGUUCCCACCACGGGUAUCAUCGAGUACCCCUUUGACCUGCAGAGCGUCAUAUUCAGGAUGGUGGAUGUGGGCGGCCAGCGGUCAGAGAGACGCAAGUGGAUCCACUGCUUUGAAAACGUCACCUCCAUCAUGUUUCUGGUGGCACUGAGCGAAUACGACCAAGUCCUGGUUGAAUCCGAUAACGAGAAUCGCAUGGAGGAAAGCAAAGCGCUGUUUAGGACGAUCAUAACGUAUCCCUGGUUUCAGAAUUCUUCAGUCAUUUUAUUUUUGAACAAGAAUGACCUGCUGGAGGAGAAAAUCAUGUUUUCACAUCUCGUAGAUUACUUUCCCGAGUAUGAUGGCCCCCAGAGAGACGCUCAGGCAGGGAAGGAGUUCAUCCUGAAGAUGUUCGUCGACCUGAAUCCCGACAGUGACAAAAUCAUCUACUCUCACUUUACUUGCGCGACAGAUACGGAAAACAUUCGCUUCGUCUUCGCCGCCGUCAAGGACACCAUCUUGCAGCUCAACCUGAAGGAGUACAAUCUGGUGUAGACAGACAAACCGAAACGCCUCUCCGGCUUGGGCUUAAGCUUAAAAUGACGCUUAGAAGGCGUCCAGGGCGACGUCAAUUCUUUUUUUUUUUCUUUCUUCUCCCCGUCACAGGCAAAGUUGGAGACUGAUUUACCGUUUUGUCUUUGAACGAUAAUAUCACCGAAUACAAACUGCUCACUACUGCGUAAUUUAUUUGCACCUUGGAGCUUGUUCACAGCGUCCAUCUUGUAUUAUUUCAUUUUAAAGAGAAACGACGCUAAUGAGUUUUCCGAGCUUUGUGCCACAACGAAGAAGAGCCACUGAGGAGUUUUCUGGUUUCAUCCCGAAAACGCUUCACACUCUGAGUAUUAAUAAUGUACACACCUGGUUACUUACUCAGUGAGACGGAAACGUCGUGCGCGUUUUUACUCUAAAAGACGCUGUUCGUCGUCUUUAUGAUGAUUAACAGUGAAUGGUUAAGAGUCGAGUGCUAGUAUGUUACAAACGCCGCACUUUUUGCUAUUCAAUAUGCUUCUGAUAUAUUGCCAAAGGAAUAUACGCUCCACUAACGUUCGCCAUCACUCUGUUUGUUUACGAACGUUUUUUUUAAACACACAAUCUGUUUUUUUUUUUGUUUUUUUGUUUUCCCCCCAAAUGUCUAACUCCACAACUUUAGUGCUCGCUCUAGAACUGUGUGUCAUCGGUAUACCGUCGGUAUUUCAGCCGUUCAUCCGUUUCGCUCGCUGCCUCUAUCGAAGGUCCUAUUUUUUUUUAUUUAUUUAGAAAGUUUUGGCACCCCAUUCACACUUCAGUAUAUUUUUUCUUCAAUGAUGAAUUCAGGAUAUGCAAUCAGUGUUAAAAAGGAGGCCAGUGUAACGAACGACGGUGGGUCUCUCCGGUCGCCUUCUUCCAAAAUUACAGACAGCACGCCCGUGAAUUAGGACAAAAUCCAUCAUCAUCAUCAUCAUCAUCAUUAAAGUUUUUUUUCAUUAAAGAUUAUUUCAUCCUUAAUGGAUCCUUAUAAGCAUUCACAUAUGAAGGGCUGCUGUUGUCAAAAAGAAAUUUGUUUUGUUAACGAUCUGUGAUGUUCUUGAAAUGUUCGCAAUGUUCUGGAAAAGGAUCCAUAAUGAACUCCUUGUCGUCGUCCAAUGCCCCCCCCCCCCCCCAUGGGCUGUUUAUGUUACUUUGCUGUUUAAACCAUUCCUAAAAUGACUCAAAUUAAACUUCACUUGCUUGCAAUCCCUA